UCAAUCACUUAUUUCCUUCAUUUCUUGCUGUGAUUUGAAGAUACGACAAUGAAACAACUAGUGAUAAUCCUAGCUUUGGUCUGCGGUACUUUAGGAGAAUGGGAGAGCGGACUACGAGUAAGGUUCGACGUCGGCCUGGGCAUUGGCAGAGACUUCUUCAUCCCGAUCGCCCGCACCGUGGAUGAUGUGGUGUCGGAGGGCUGGACGCAGACUGCCCGCCCACCCAGCCGGUUGCCCUCCCUCGUUAUGUACUGUGCGCCCGACCGCAUGAUGUGCGCCCUUUAUGACACGGAGGGUGUCAUUGCAGGAUUACAAAUCGCCAUAGCCCAAGAUGACAUCAGCGGAUCGACGUUGGACUGGAAAACUCAAGGCUUCGUUGAAUGGACUGCGACAACUGCUGACGGAGAGACUUUGAAGUACUGGGCUAUUCAGCAAUACUUCGUCUCCCAAGACACAUUAGAUUUGCCCAAGGAAGAACGUGUCAAGAUGACCAAAUCGAAGGAAUUGCUUCGUGAAGGCGCUAUUUGGGUGACUGGAUUUAACAACCAAUUAAUGAGAAUCUCUGCCAAAGCUGAAGAUUUAGAAAACAGCGGAUUCACACGUCAAGCUUGCAUUCCUUGGAUGGGUCGUCAUUAUUACUACAAUAUGACUGAAACAGCGAGUUGUGCAUCGGAUCAACUAUACCCCUGGUUCCCUAUCGGCCACUCCGGAGAGACCAUCGCUAUGGGUCUCAUAAUACAUGGGAAACUGGCUCUCAACAAGAGAACUAAGAAGAAUUGGUUUGAAAAUCCAGGAAAAUUGGCAGUUAUGGCUAUCGUUCCUCAUGGUCCUGAGUGCCUGUAUGACUUGGCCGACAGUCCGGGCCUCAUCACCAUGCACAUCUACUACGUUGACGCACCCUGGUUCAUUGGUUGUCUCGAAAACAAAUAAUAUCAAAUCACAGUAGCAACGAUGAAAAAUAUGAA